GGCGGCUAUUUUGUAGUUGCCUCCUCUGCUGCGGUGAUGUAUGAUUGGGCAUUGACAUUCGGGCAAGAGGUCGAACUGGUCUGGAGGCAACGCUGGUCCCUUAUGACCGUUCUGUAUCUAAGUGUGCGCUACCUUGGAAUAUUAUAUGCUAUCAUCGAGAUUCUGCUAUGGGUUCCGACAAUCUCAGCGACAGAUGUAGUGAGCUUUAUCAUGUAUGUCAUACAAGAGUGGACAACUGUCGUCGGAAGUGCAAUACUGGGUGUCAUCAUGAUCACUCGGUUAUAUGCCAUGUAUCACCGAUCUAGACAGGUGUUGAUACUUCUCGUCGUCGUCUGCCUGGCUGUCAACAUCGCUGACGUAGUGGUCGUUGCAUUAUCAAUGAGACACAGUUCAGGGGAUGAACUCAUUCUCUCCGGCACUUAUCAGUGCACUGUUGACUUUUCCGGAGAGGAUGCAUUGCUGGUUACCAUGACUUGGAUAUUUACCACUGUAUGGGAGGUCCUCGCACUGUGUUUCGCAGUCUGGAUUGCUAUAAAACAUUUCCGUGAACUGCGACGACAAACGGCAGGAGGGAUUAUUGGGGACUGUUUCACGGUGUUAAUGAAAACUCACGUAGUUUACUUUGCGAGCUUUGUUGCUGGUUCUUGCCUCAACCUCGGUUAUACGUUUUCAACAAUGUCAGCGGACUCGUAUUCCAUUGGAACUCAGAUUUAUCUUGGAGUUCUUCAAAUUUUCAUGCUCAUACAGAUGUUUGUAUUGGGACCACGCCUGAUUCUUAGCAUUCGAGAAUAUAACGCUAAGCUCGUGGCCGACUCCGACGCAGGGACCGCCAUGACUUCAAUUGCGUUCCAGAUGCGCGUGCAUGUAUCAACUAGCAGCAGUGUGUAGGAGGAGAAACACUCGAUGUGAUCAACACUUGCUCAGGUAGGAACAGUGGACGCGGAAAGCCCGCAUCCCAUACCACCCCAUUUCCCCUGUACAAAAUCGGCGUCGGCCUUUGCCCGACAACAUGCCGACGUAGUACUCGUGGCACAACAUACGACAGAUUAUACAUACUAUACGAUAGAUAAGCCGGGAGCAAGCCCCCCCGCAUCUGAAUAGGGCUAUGUCCGACAUAGGGUCUACGACCCCAAAGGACAAUAAAUUUGGAUUAAAAAAAAACACUUGCUAGGC